CGCGUGGUUUGCUAUUUAAGAUGGUAGUGUUUUGGAUUGGUGAAGCAAUUUUGGAGUUUUGAAGUCUUAUCCCUGAAAACAGCUAACCCUGAUUGUGGUCAUUGUGUGAUCAGCCAUGUCGCAGCCAUCUUCCCAGGGCUCCAACUACUCUCUAGAGCCUUUACUGUCACAGGAAACAUUGGAACAUGUGUUCACAAAUGUCAAUUACAUGUUUCAGAAUCAGACAGAUUUGCAGAGCAUGCAAACUCAGAUUAACAUGGUACCCACAGUUAUUAAUGUGUCAGAUGAGAAUAUACAUGAGAGUGUUGAGAUGAAUCUGGAAAGCGUUGCUGUGCUGAGACCUGAGCAGGGAGAGCUGCUUCAACUUUUACAAGAGCAGCAGUUUCAAAAUCUACAACAACAACCAGGCUUCAAGCAGGAACCAUUAGACAACACAUCUCCUUUACCAUCCACCUUAGCUACACCACCACCCGAAGAGCCGAGUCCACAGCCGCUGAUAGUGUGCAACACUGACUUCCCUGGUCUGUACGGAUUCGGUUUGGGGUUUGAAGUGGAGAGGAGUCCUCCCACGAAAUCAGCUCAGUGGACAUACUCUCCUACUCUAGAAAAACUGUUCGUCAAGAUGAGGUGUAUUGUACCAAUUAGAGUAAAGCUAAGAGUUUUCCCUCCAGCCCAUGCAGGUUUUUACAUCAGGGUAGUGGUGAUUUACAGGCAACCGGAUCACUAUCGGGAAAUUGUCGAGCGAUGUCCUAACCACAGGACUAAACACAAAGAUGGCCAUCCAGCUCCAGAGCAUUUGCUGAGAUGUGAGAAUCCCAACACAAUUUAUGUCACAUGCCCUGAGACUGGUCGACAUAGUUUAAAGAUACCUUUGGAAACACCUCAAGCUGGAAGUGACUUUGUUACCAACAUGUUCCAGUUUAUGUGCUUCAGUUCAUGUCCCGGGGGUUUGAACCGACGCCCCAUCCUUGUGAUUUUCACUUUAGAGCAAAAUAAUAUUGUCGUUGGAAGGAAAGCUCAAAAUAUACGCAUAUGUGCAUGUCCCGGAAGAGACAGGACCAAUGAAGAGAUUGCUGAUGCAAAAAAGCAAUCAAGGAAUGCAGCUGUGUCUGCGAUAGACCCCCAGCCUCAACCAGUAAGCACUUCUAGCCCAAAUGUGACUCCACCCCCAACACCUCAGGCUUCCCCAGCACCUCAGACUUCUCCGCAAGAACCUUCAACUUCCACUGCUGCAGAUGACGCCAGUCAAAAUGUUCAAGUACCUAAACUAACUAAAAAGAGAUGUAAGUUUGGAGUUCCAUGUACAAUUCCAAAAGCUCAUGCUUCCAUGUCUACUGGAUUUGAGGUACGAUCUCUGUCUAUUGACAGAAACGCGAUGAAACGGCUCAGGAGAGAGGAAGAUGAGGAGAUCUUUACCAUCCAGGUAAGGGGCCAUGAAAAGUAUGAACUGCUGCUGAAAAUGAAAGAAGGUUUGGAUAUGAUGGACAUGGUACCACAGGCGCAGAUAGAUAACUAUAGAGCAAGCUGUCCCCCUUGUGGAAGACUGAAAACCUCAAGAAUGUUACAGAAUUCACGGAAUCUGCCUGACUCACAGAAUCCUCAAAAUUCAAGUUCAGAUUCGCAAAACUCCAUGGAGUCACAACCAGAUGACAUUGAAGGUACGCCACCUGUCACGCAGCUGUCACGAUCAGAUUCGGGGUCUUCUUAUCAAUCUCCUUCCUCAUCGCAGAAGAGUUCCGGAGGAGGGACGGGUUUCAAUGCUGUGAGGUUUACCCUCAGACGAACAGUGUCUCUGGACAAGAAAGGCUUUCAGCCAUGAAUUCAUACACAGUUGGAUCCAACUAUGAGGGAUAAAUGAACUACUGUUCUUAGGGAUGGCUGAAAAUUGAAAUCUGUUAACAUUUAACUACACAGGAGAUAUAUACCAGCAUAUAGAUGGCAUUGUUUAUUUUGCAGUCUUUGAAAUAAACUAGAUUUGUCAGUCAGGAAUAAUUUUUAGCUUGCAAAAAUUGAUGUAAAAAAAAUAAUAGAAAAUUGCAUGAUCAGGUGAUGACAAAGGCUGUACCUCUAGUUGUAAGUAACAUUUCUGAAUGUAGAAAAACAUUCAAACUGUCAUAUUCAUGUGGAAAACUUUGAGUUUACAUGCAAUGUGACUUGAAGUUUAUAGUGUGAUCUUUGUAAACCACAUACCCUCUUGUUUUGAGAAUAUUUUUCUCCCCAGUUGUUAACUGUGAAAAUCAUUUUGAUUAGAGGUUUGUAAGUGAUACCUAUCAUGUACAUUUUGGGCAUCUUAUUGGGUGCAGCUGCAUUUGUAAUAGAGGUUUUGCACAGCAGCCAUGUUGGAUGGCAGGAACAAUAGAUUAUUUUACCCAUGGGGAAAAAAAAUCUUUC